UGUUGUGAGUUGUCAAUUUGUUUCUGGUUUGUUGACUAAUUAUUUACAGUUAAUUUUCUUCAAUUUUCUGUAUAUUAUAACAGUAAUAUGGCAGAAACAAGGAAAUCUAAAAAAGAUUUUCGCGAUGAUGGUCCUAGGGGGAGAGCGGAAGCUCCCAAUUCCAGACUUUUUAUUGUGUGCAACAGAAAUGUAACUGAAGAAGAAUUCCGAAAUGCUUUUGAGCCUUACGGUAACAUUGAAGAGAUAUGGGUCGUUAAGGACAGGAAUACAGGAGAACCGAAGGGGGUGACCUACGUCCAGUUCUCGAAGACGUCGGAGGCUGCCCUCGCCAUGGAAGAGAUGAACGGGAAGUGCAUCGGCAGCCACCCGCGUCCCCUCAAGGUCAUGAUCGCCCACAGCCGGGACGAGGGCUCCAAGCGGGACUCCAACGAGGAGGAGCGGCUGCUGCGACUGUUCUGCGUCGUGCCCAAGACCCACACGGACGCCGUGCUGCGCGAGCACUUCGAGCAGUUCGGGGACAUCGACUACGUGUCCGUGGUGAAGGACCGCGAGACCAAGGAGAGCAAGGGCUUCGCCUACGUCAAGUACCACAGGGUGUCCCACGCGGCGAAGGCCUUCGAGAACUGCGACCGCAUGUACAAGGCGGUGUUCGCGGAGCCGAAGAAGCCCAAGCCCAUGGCCGACGUGUACGAGCGGUUCGGGGCGUCGCAGCGCUCCUCGUCGUACGACUCCUUCCCGGCCUUCCACCCGAAGGGGGGCAGCUUCCCGGGAGCAGACUCGAGCCGGGCGCUGCGCAUCAUCGCGUCGGCGGACCUGAACCAGGACCAGCUGUGGCGGCUGUUCGACAUCAUCCCGGGCCUCGACUUCCUCACUCUCGACCCCAAGUCCCGGGUGAAGGGACAGGCGCUGGCGGUCUACAACAACCCCAGUGCGGCCGACUACGCCCGCGAGAAGCUGCACGGGUUCGAGUACCCGCCGGGCCAGCGCCUCAUCGUCAAGCCGGAGGUGUCCGAGGGCCGCCCGCAGAGCGCGUCGCGCGGCCGGCCGCCGUUGGGGCGGGACCCCUUCCAGCGGGCGUCGCCGCCGCUGCGAGCGGGCGCCGGGGGCUCCCCGCUGGGGCUGGGGCCCGACCUGCAGGCCCUCGCCGAGACCAUCGCCCAGGCCACCAACCUCAUCCAGGCGGCCGGCGGCCUCACCUCGGGCGUUGCAGGGUCGGGGUCCGUCCUGUCCGGCCAGCAGUCCCGGGACAGGGAGGCGUUCGACCCCGCCUACUGCUCCGUGAGUCUGCCGCCCCGCCAGCCCCUCGCCUCCGUCGACACGGAGCCUGCCGAGAGGUUGUUCAUAGUGUGCAACCCCUCUCCGCCCCCGCUGUACGCCCUGAAGGACGUCUUCUCUCGCUUCGGGAACCUCAUAGACGUGUACAUGAUCAUGGGGAAGAACUUCGGCUACGCCAAGUACGCAGUCAAGGAGUGUGCGGAUGAGGCCAUGCAGACGCUGCACGGCCAGGAGCUGUGUGGCAGCCGGCUGAAGGUGCUGCCGGCAGACCCCCGCGAGGACCGUCGCAAGAGGAUCAAGAUGGACGACGUCAGAGUGACGAGUGACGGACAUGACAGCCCAGCAGACACACUACAGAGAAUGGACGCUGGACUCCCUCCCUCAGUUGACGACCACUGCUGCCACCCUUCAACCAGUCUUGACGUUCUGUGAACACGUUCGAACGUUGUGUGGCAUUGUUUGGGGUUUACUAGCGCCUGAUCCUCACUCUAGUGUUAUGAAAUGGCCAACACACAUCCGUGGCUUGUCUGGGAUUUGAACCCGGUACCCUGGUUGGUCGGAGAAUGAUGCCUCGACUGUCUCUGCCAUUAAGAUUAUCCUUCAUUAAUAAACAUUGUAACAUUUAGAAAGAAUAAAACCUUUGUGUAGGCAGUGUUGAAAUGCAUGUUUGUAGUAUUCACAUUAUUAUACAUGUUAUGUACCGAUGUAUGUUGUAUUAGUUAAAGAUGUUUGGAUGAGUAGGUGUUGAUAAGUGCCCUGUAGUUUAACUCCAUGUUUGUUUCUCUACUCUCUAACAAGUACUGCUAUAUAGUGAACCCAAACGGGAACCAUACUCAUCACUAUUUCGGUGAGGAGCAUUUAGCAUAAAUUGCAAUAAAAAUUGCUUAGUUUUACGUAACACAGAUGUGGUGUUUGGUAGGUACAUUCUAAUAUGAGGCAUAAUUUAAAUGAACCCAGAUUUAGUCGAAGCGUUAGUUGUACGUGCUGGAUAGCGGUAGCCUUAGAUGAGCCUGCCUGACCCCAGGUACAUUACCUUUACCCUUUUGACCUUUUUGAUAUUACAAAGUUCAUUGAAACCUCAUACAUAAAUAAUUAUUGGCAUAAAUUAGUAAACACAAAUAAGUUUUAGAGUAUUUUCAUUGAUUCCCUAAUGAAAUAGAAGUGUUUAUAAAAAUUGGUAUUAUUUUUAAGUUGAUGAGAUGCUUAGGUAAACGAGGGUUAAAAUAUGUAAACAUUUUUUUAAUUAAUACCUAGUGAAAUAGAUUAGUUGAAUCGCUGAAAAUAUUUUGUGUUCUGUUUUAUUAACAGGAUUUUCCUUAAUCUGCUUAUUGUCAUGACUAUGAGUUAAGUAUGGAAAUAGGUGUUAUUCUGCUAAUCUAAAGUGAAAUAUAGAAGAAUGGACAAAUGAUGUGCAUUAUGAAUAUGUUUAGGUGUAAUAAAAAAAAUUUUUUAAAUAAAAAAAUAUAAUAAAAA